AUGAAUGUGAGAAAAGCGGAGAAAAUUGUUCUGAGUGUGGAGCAAGCGGAAGGCGUUGGUGCUCGUGUUCGCAGAAGCAUUGGAAGAAAAGAGUUGCAAAACUUGGAUCCUUUUCUCAUGCUGGAUGAGUUUCGAGUGUGCAAACCAGCAGGUUUUCCAGACCACCCUCACAGAGGGUUCGAGACGGUAACAUACGUGUUGGAAGGUGUCAUAGCACAUGAAGACUUUUGUGGCCAUUCAGGGCGACUACAACCUGGAGAUCUGCAAUGGAUGACUGCAGGACGCGGAGUGGUUCAUGCCGAGAUGCCCAUGUCCGAGGAACCCUUGGUGGGUUUGCAGCUGUGGGUGAACCUGUCCAGGCAAAACAAGAUGGUUGAACCCGCUUACCAGGAGCUGCGGAGCUCUGAGAUCCCCAAAGUCAAUCAGGAAGGGGUGACUGUGGCUGUAAUUUCUGGAGAGGCCCUCGGAAAAAAGUCCAGGGUCUUCACAAGGACACCGACCAUGUAUUUGGAUUUUAAGAUGAAGAAAGGAGCUCAGCAUGUGCAGCAUGUCCCUUCGGGAUGGAGUGCCUUCAUUUACACCCUAUCAGGUUCCGUUCAUGUCGGCCCCGAAGAGGCACAGCAGAAGGUGGAACCCCAUCACACAGUAGUUUUUGGAGAUGGAGACUGUGUUCAAUUUGAAAACAAGAGUUCCGACAUUUCGCAUUUUGUCCUGAUCGCUGGAGAACCACUGAACGAACCCGUGGUGAAACACGGUCCGUUUGUCAUGAACACACAAGCAGAGAUUAACCAAGCUAUCAGCGAUUACAGAAACGCUCAAAAUGGAUUUGAGCGUGCUUUAAACUGGAGAUCUAAGAUCAGGGAUUCUUCAUGA